GCCAAGUGGCGCUCGCAAGCGGGGUAUUUCAAAGGGAUGUGGGCGGCCACUGCCCGCCGUCCACCGUCGCCGUCCGGGGAAAAGAAUCGCCUCACGGCCUCCAAUAGACUCUGGCGUAACAGUCGCGGCGUGAAUCUCACACCGGACUAAGCCGAAGCCCGACCGGACGCAAUGAGGCACAAUAAGCAGGGCGGCCUUGCGAAAGCUGGGUCCCGGGGCCCGCCACCGGCGCUCAGCCUGGCCGAGUGCAUCUGCCCGAUCUGUCAGGAGCUGCUGGCGGAGCCGGUCACGCCGCCGUGCGGGCACUCCUUGUGCCGGGGCUGCUUUCAGCAGACGGUAGAAAUCAGCAACCUCAACUGCCCGCUGUGCCGCCGCCGCCUCUCCAACUGGGUGCGGGCCCAGGCCCGGUGCGGCGGCCUGGUCAACACCGAGCUGGAGCAGCGUAUCCGCCAGCAGUUCCCGCGGGACGGCGUCCUGGAGCCGGCAGAAGUUGACAGAUUCUGCCCACCACCUCAACUAUGUAAACCUGGUGAGCUGAGGCAAGAAUAUGAAGAGCAGAUCAGUAAGUUGAAGGAAGAGCGUCGUGCUCGUGAAGAAGAGGAACACAAAGCAAGUGAGGAUUUUAUUCAGAAGCUUUUGGCUGAGGAACAGCAAAUGUAUGUGGAACAGAAGAAGAAAGAAAUGGAUGAACAACUAAAGAGGGAUGAACAACUAGCCAAGAUGUUGAGUGAGGAAGUGAAUUGGAUACACAGGACAUCUUCUGAAAGCUUGGGUGGGUGCUCAAAAUCGAUUUCUUCAAAGUUGAAUUCAUCCAUCACCAAAGGAACUAAAUUGACAGCACGUAGCCCAAAUAAUAUGGAAAAUAUAGAAAGGUAUUUAUCACCUACAUUGCCAAAGUAUCAAACAGCUGAGAUGAGUCGACUGAGAAGCAAUUUCUCUGGUCCAGAGAGCACAUGUGAGGCAGAUGAAUCAAUCUCAAGCAGUAGCUCAAUUGCAAGUAAUCAUCUUUUUCUUUGUGAUAAAGAAGAGGAGCCAGUCUCUAGUUCAAACCAAUCGGAAUCAAUCCAUUUUAUUGAAGGAACUCCUAAUGAAACAAUCACAGAUGGGCAAAUAGAGUGUACCAGUGAAAACAGUCCAGAGCACAAUGAAAACAAGGUGCUAAGAGCUUGCAGCAGUACAGAGAAUGGUGGUGAAAAGUCAAUGGAAGAUGUACCACUUAAAGAAUUGAAGAUGAAUUCAGUUAAUUGUAAUGAUGAUCUACUAGAUUCCACAUUUGUGCCAGUUUUCAAUCAUGAACUUGAGCAUGCCUGCACUAGUGCAGGCUGUUGUAGUUCAGAUAAUAUAGACUAUGCAACUGUCCAAAAUUUGACAGAAGGUGAAGUUGCAGAACAUGAAAUUUUGAGCCAAAGUCCCUGUAAAACAACAGUUAUGAAAAGAAAAGCAUGCAGUUCCUCAGAUGAUUCUACACCUACUUGUGUCAAAGUUAAAAAGAGAAGAAUUUGUCCCAAUGUCCAUAACAAACCCAGUGAGAACAGUGAAUCUUUCCAUGAGGUAUUCCAUCAUGAGCAUCUUGCAGACUGGGAGAAACAACUUUUUGAAAAGCACAAAAUGGAAGAGCAGGAUCGAUUGUUAGCCUUAAAAAUACAGAAGGAACUUGAUAAAGAGAUGCGGAUUGUUAAUAGAACAAGGGGAACACCUGAUGAAUAUUUGCUUCGGACCAAGAAAUUGCCUACAAGUUGUGAUAAAAAAGUGCUUGCAAAAAAUAAAACUCCACUAGCAACACUAAAGGGCCAUCAAACUUCCAGAAGCUCAGCUAGAUCACAGUCUAGCACCUCAGAAUGUGGUAAUAAGCAAGCCAUGCUCAAGAAUAUUUCCUCUAAAACAUGCAGGCAGAGAAGUAGAAUCUUGCAGGAUCCAACAGGGCACCAUGGUAAUCAAAGGGCCCGAUGCCAGAGGCCACUUGCCUCCAUGGAUGCUAACUCUGCUGCAUUGAUGCCCAUCAGUGAACUGAGAAAUGGUAAAAAACAACAGACUAUUGAUGAUAUGUUCCAGAAACACAAUGCAAAAUAAUAGGCUUGUGCAAAGAAUUCAACCACCAUUUUGACUUGCAAACCCUUCAUUGUUUUUUAAUGUUGACUUCAUAUUUGCUAUGCCCAGUUUAGAAUUAACAUUGAUUUCUUGUUGAUCAGCUGCUUGUCUGAAUUCAUUUUCCUGAUGGUCUGCAGAAUACAUGCAGCACUUCAAAUCCCCUAUUUAAAUUUAUUGGAGCAGUUUUUAAAACUAUUACAAAUUUCUACAGUUCCAUUCACUUUUAUUACAUUAGUUUCUCAACAUGUGAGUAAUUGUAAAAAUCCUAUUUCCUUCAUGCUACAAUUGCAAAAAAAACAUGCAGUUUAACAGAUGGCUUGGUUCUUGUAAUAAAUAAAUUCUCAUGUUUUUCAUUAAACAUAAACAGCAUACAUCAA